AUAGAUCAAGGUCUAACACAACAACAGCAUCAUCCUUAGCUGCUGACACAAAUGGAGAUCUUCCAACUCCAGCUGAUGAUCCUGCCUUCGCUACUCACAUGCUUCUUCUCCACACUCCUACUCACACAGCUGAUGGCUGCGGCGGGGGCGGAGGCGACGGUGAAAGUGAGCACUACCCCAAUCUUCCCUGAGAUCCCACUGGGCCAGGCUAGAAAGGACUUCCAAGUGCUGCUGCGCGUCGAGGCGCCGGCGGCGGUUGUGCGUCCCGAGGCGCGCGUCCCCAUCGACGUCGUCGCCGUCCUUGAUGUCAGCGGUAGCAUGAAUGACCCAACUGCAGUGCCACCGGAGAGGAGGACGACAACGUCGAGGCUGGACCUGCUGAGGACGGCCGCCAAGUUCAUGGUUGACAAACUCGAAGAUGGAGACCGCCUCUCCAUCGUAGCGUUCAGCGACCGACCCGUUAGAGAACUUAGCUCCGGCUUGCUAUACAUGACCGCCGACGGCAGGAGAAACGCAAUAAGAAGCGUGGAUCGGCUCGAGGCCCGCGCCGGCAGCGGCACUGCCCUUGUCCCGGCCUUCGAGGAGGCGGUGAACAUCCUGGACGAGCGGGUGGGAGACGGCCGGGACCGCCUAGGGUUCAUCAUCCUCCUCACCGACGGCGAGGGCACGACCGUGUCCGCGCUGAGCGAGCGGCGCCGAGAGGUGAUCCGACGCGCUCUCGGCAGGUACCCCGUCCACGCCUUCGGCCUCGGCGCGGCGCACGAUCCCGAGGUCCUGCUCCACAUGGCCCAAGAGUCUCACGGCACCUACUCCUUCGUCGACGACGACAGCAUCGGCGAUGUCGCCGGCGCCCUCGCCGUGUGCCUCGGCGGGCUCAGCACCAUCGCUGCCGUCGAGACGCGCGUCGUCCUCAAGGCCGACGAGCUGAACGGGGUGCGCAUCGACCGCGUCGACGCCGGUGGCUACGACAGCAGCGUCAGCUGCGGCGGAACCUCGUGCGAGGUCUCCGUGGGCAACGUCCUGUACGCCGGCGAGGCGAAGCAUUUCGUGGUCCACCUGCACGUGCCAGCUGCUUUGCCAUCGUCGUCAGCAAAGGGCGGUUACUACUGCGAUGGCCUCGGCGCCUGUGACCGUUACUACCAUCAUCGCCACGAGCAGCACCUGCUCGCCGUCGACUACUCGUACCGCAACCAUCCCAGCGCGCGGGCGAUAGAGGGAGAAGGACACGAUGUAUAUGUGCGGAGGUCACCGGCGGUGCUAGACGGCGGGCGGCAAGCUCCCGCUCCUGUUCCCUCGCCCGUGGUCCUGCAGCACAUCGUCCGGUCCGAGCUGCUGGAGGUGGUGGCCGGCGUCGUCCAAGGUGAGCUGACCAUCAACGACAGAGCUCGUGCCGCAGACGUGUUGCAGCUCAGGUGGGAGGAGUUCGCAGCGUGCCACCAGUUCUGGGGCGGCGGCCAUGACCUGAUGAGCGGCCUGGAGAAGGAGGUGGGAGGCAUGGUGAGCAGCCUCAGGGCCGGGGUGGCGGCCUACGCCUACGCCUGGGUGUCCAGCCACCAGAUGCAGCGCGCCACCAGCAUGGGCUCGGCCGAGAAGGUGACCGUCGAGUUCCUGACGCCGGCGAUGCGGCUCCUAUUGGAGGAGGCGCGGAAGUUGCCGCGGUGGUGGAACUGGAACCCCCCGCACACGGGCUGCGUCGACCACGGCUUCGAGAUGAUAGACCGGAGGCUGGAGCUGUGGUCCAAGAUGAAGCGCGACAUGCAGAACCUCGGGUCGUUCCAGGAGCAAUCGGCGGCGGCGGUGGACGACGAGCAGCAGCGCAUGGCCGCCGUCUUCCAGGAGGCGUCGCUGGAGGCCAUCGACCGCGCGAUGCACCGCGACAUUUACCUGGCUGUGGUUUAUGCGAGCAAGCAGAGGCAAUGCCGCCACUUGGUGGCUGCACAGAACUGAAGGCGCUUGUACUGGCCAUGCCCUAGUCCGCAAAUGUGUUGUUUCGUUUAAUGAAAUAAGGGUGCCCAUGAAAUAAUAUACAUUUUUUGCCGUUUUAUUCACAUAUCGAUAAUGUAAUGAGUAACCGAUAACAUAAUAUCAUACUUAUUUAAGUCCAA